AUGCUACAAGCGCUCCGAGCGCGGCCCCUCCAGCUCGCGCCCCGACAUGCUUCGCUCAUACACACAACCACGCAUAACUUGGCUGGUGCCCCGCUAAGCGCCAAACGUGAGGAGAAAAUCAAAGAGCAGCAGAACCGGCGAUCCAAAUGGGCCGACCUCAAAAAAGGCACGCACCGUAUGCGGCUCACCGCCCUGCAGACUGCCAAGGGCGGUGGCGGUCGCAGCAGCGGCGGCCAAUCGCAGCACCUAGAGGCACGCAUGCGCCGAUCGCGCGACCAGCGUGCUAAAUUCGACAGCGCGCGGGACCAUAUUAAUCGCACGACGGUGACGCAGGAGGAGCGCGGACUGGCAGAAGCGAGAAUCCUGCGGCAGCGGUCGAGGGAGUUGAAGAAAAGGGGCACCCCCGGGUUGGGGUUCACUCCGGCACGGUUCCGGCUUAUGCCGGUGGAGAACGAGACCG